CACAGCAUCAAAUUUUACAAUAGAAGCGAAACUACCGCAUUAGUUCCCCUUCCGUCCGUCAUCUUCAAGUUAGUUACGUUAAAUAGAAAACGCAGGGAGAAGUGCAUUUUGUUCACUGAAACACAGAAACCCAACUCACAAGGACAAAGAAGAGAAACAAUGGAAGCGCCGUGGGGAGCAGUCCUCUUUAAAGAAGAGAAAGAAUCACACACAUUAUACACAGUCCAGUUCUUUGACAAUAUCAUCAAUGUGACCUUAACUUCCUCUGCUGUGGAGGCAAUAGAUUGGCUGAACAAAACACUCAGCCUACACUACAACUUACUUGAAAAAGAAGAACUUGUAGUAGGGAUUGGGGUACAGUGGAAUCCAAUAAAAGAUGAUAAUCAAGAAUCUUGUGCUGAUAUUCUGCAGCUCUGCAUCGGCGAUCGCUGCUUGAUCUUUCAACUUUCUGUACCCAACGCCGAGUUUCCUGUCAGUCUCCGGACAUUUCUUUCUAAUGGAAAGAAGAAAACGUUUGCUGGGACUAUGAAUGUGAGAGAGUGUGAGAAAAUGCUGCUGAAGUCGAGGCACCAGGUGGAGAUUUCAAGGCUUUUUCAUGUGAGGAACCACGCGAUAUCCGCGAGCGGAGAGAGACUUGUUGAUAAAGAUUCUGUUGGGGAAGUUGUGGAGAAGUGUUUAGGGUAUCAAGGAAUGAAAUUUCAGAAGGCUGUAACUGGUAGUAAGUGGGAUGAUCUUGUUCUUAAUGACGAUCAGGUUUUGCUUGCUACUGUUGGUGCUUAUGUUUCCUUUCGUAUUGCCAAGAAAUGCCGUGCUUGGAAGUGGUGCGGCAGGAAGUGAAGUGAAAAGUCUCUGAAGAUUUUUGGUCAUGAUCAUCAGCUUCUUUUUCUUCUUUUCAUGAUUUGGGUAUAACAAAUUCUUGACUGUUCUUUUUCUUGAUGAUUCUUGCUUGCUAUGAUAGGGCUGAACGGUAGAUUCACAUUUUAUAUUUUCUUGAA